GCUAACUGCUGAUUGGCCGGUGCUGAUCCUUCCGCCGGAAGCGGCGGGAGAGGGGAGAGGGACGGCGGAGCCGGCGGGGAGGCCGCAGCCAUGAACAUCCGGAAUGCGCGGCCCGAGGACCUGAUGAACAUGCAACACUGCAACCUGCUCUGCCUGCCCGAGAACUACCAGAUGAAGUAUUACUUCUACCACGGCCUCUCCUGGCCCCAGCUUUCCUACAUCGCCGAAGAUGAGAAUGGGAAAAUCGUGGGUUACGUCCUGGCUAAGAUGGAGGAAGACCCCGAUGACGUCCCUCAUGGGCACAUCACGUCCCUAGCGGUGAAGCGAUCCCACCGGCGCCUGGGGCUGGCGCAGAAGCUGAUGGACCAGGCGUCCCGCGCCAUGAUCGAGAACUUCAACGCCAAGUACGUCUCCCUCCACGUCCGCAAGAGCAACCGGGCGGCUCUGCACCUCUACUCCAACACCCUCAACUUCCAGAUCAGCGAGGUGGAGCCCAAAUAUUACGCGGACGGGGAGGACGCCUACGCCAUGAAGCGGGAUCUCACCCAAAUGGCGGACGAGUUGCGGAAGCAGGUGGAGCAGAAGGAGCGUGGGCGCCCCCCCCAGCCCACCGAAACCCCCCGGGGUGGGGAGGGGGUUUGUGGAAGUGGGGGGGGCCCCCCCCAACCUCCGGCCGUGCCCCCCCAUCCCGAAGACGGGGGGGGUGACAGCAAAGACGUCAGCGAGGUGAGCGAGACCACCGAGAGCACCGACGUCAAAGACAGCUCCGAGGCCUCCGACUCCGCGUCAUAGGGGCGCCCCCCGGGCCCCCCCAAUCCCCCGGGACCCCCCCAGACCUCCCUCAGUGCUGGGGGGGGGGCAAUAAACCCCCUCCCUCUCCA